AGUAGUGCCUGCUUGACUAACAGCUAUGAAAUCGACCAUAUCAAGAUUUUGUAGUUAUUUCUAGGAUCCAGAUUUGAAACAUCUUGGGUUGUUUGGUGGGGUGAGAAGUGGCAUCAUCAGAUCGACUAUAUCAAGACUUAGUAGUUAUUUCUAAGAUCCAGAUUUGAACCAUCUUGGGUCGUUUGGUGUGAAAUAGCAUCAUCAUUGCUCAAUGUGUCCUCCACAGGGAGCCCUCCCAAGGUGCUCUGUCCCUUCUUGCUGUAAAAGAGACUCCCUCUCUGGUCCCAAGUGUUAAUCUCCCUUCUCUGAGAGAUUAAAAGAAAAAGGUGGUUCCAUCUGCAGGCAACACCCUGUGCCUGAAAAAUGGUUUCUGUGCAAUAGUCCUAGAAAGGAGAUCCAAGGAGAUAAGAUCAGACUGGAAUGAGAUAACAUCAGCCAGAGCAAUGGUGCCGGAAUUAACAAUAAGGAAAACAAGCAGAGAUGAAUUCAGUAAGUGUGAAAGCCUGUUGGGCUGGUCCUUGCUCAGUCAGCUGUGGAGAAACACACCCAGGAGAAAGCCCAGCUCACAGAGCUCAGCUCUGCCAUCACCUUCACCAGGAAGGCUGCAGGUAUCCAUGUGCAGCUGAACAGCUCUGGCUGAGCCUUUGCUGGAAAAUAAAGGUUUGUCCCUGAGGUGAUCUGCAUGUGGAAAGGACCUCCUCCAGCAAAGAUGGGCCAGAAGGUCUCCCAGGAGGACAACCAGGAGAGCAAGGCUGAAACUCUGGCCAUCUGUGAAGUCUUCAGCCAGGGCGUGCUCCACGCAUCUCAAAGGCUGAAGGACUAUCUCGGUUUUGUGGAUCCUCAGAGCAAAUUCCAGCCAGCCACCAACACGCUGAGCGAGAUCUUCCUGGUCAACUUCAUCAGCUUCUGCGUGGGAAAGGGCGUGGAGGAGCGGAUCACGACCAGCAAGAUGACCAGGCAGCAGUCCUCCCUGUUCGGAGUGGACUGGCUCUGGACUCUGUGUGGCUCUGACAAGCAGGUCAAGCUGCAGAUCGCCGUGCAGGCUCUGCAGCCGGCCGAGCUGUUCCAGGAGGAGGGCCCUGCCGAGGAUUGCUGCCGGGAGGCCGCGCUGGCCGACGAGUGCUUCCAGAACAUGAGCAGGUUUGAGAAGCUGGCCGAGUUCUGCCGCCUGGUGGGACGGGACUGCCUGGGGCUGUUCGUCAUGUUCGGCGUGCCGGGGAAGCCCAAGGACAUCCGAGGAGUCCUGCUGGACAGCGUUGCCAAGGAGGAGCAAAAAUGCCGCCUGUCGGGCAGGAACGCGCUGCGGCGAUUUGUCACCAGCACUGACAGCUCCCUGCCCACAAAAGACAUGCUGGAAAAUUGCCUGGGCGCCAAAAACGGGCUGAAGGACGUGGGAAAUGCGUACAUAAACUUCGUGUGAGCAGCUGGGCAGGAGCAGUGGCUCCGUGCAGCACCAGGGGCUGUGUGGGGCUCAGCUCUGCCCCUCUUGUUUCACUCCCUACAGCUUCCCCUCGACCCAUCGUGUUCCCUGAGCUCCUGAGUCAGCCUCUCCAGGUUUUAAAGCAACAAGAUGGACCUGCCAGAAAAAAGUGUUUAUAGAAGGCAUGACACUUUUCCAGAACAUUUUGUUCGCCAGACAUUAAAUCUUGGCUGGAGCUGCUGAAAGCUUUAUCAGCCAGAGCUCUGGGGAGGUCCUGGUGGAUUUGACUCAGAGCCUUUGUUUGCUGUGUGGCAGACUUUUUUCUGUCCUAGGAGGGUGAGUCUGUAAUAAUGGAAAUGUGCUGGUGGUGGUCAGAAGAGCUGCAGUGAGUGUGAAGGACAGUACCAGGCCUUCAAAUGACUGAUUUGAAGGAGUGAGCUGGUUUCAGUUAAGAGGAAAUUGAAGGAAAAAGAGAAAAAGCCCUUCCCAGUGCUAGAAAUGGGCUCUGAGAGAGAGACAUUAAUUACCUGCCCCCUAAUUAGUGCCAGGCUCCAGAGGGCCUUGGGGCUGUGAACAAAAGGCAGGGCUGGAGCCAACUGCAGACAUUUUCUCACUGGGUGGCUGUGUCAGGGCAAGGUGUGGCAAAGCCAGGGGCAGGUGUUGAAGAACACUUGGGGAAAAUCGAGCAAUGGGGACAAAAGCCAGGCCUGAUGUGGGUGGGACCUUUUCAUAGCAACAGAGGCAGCCAGCCCCUGACCAUUCACAGCAGCGAGCAAAUCUGGAGGAGCCAAGAUUAUUUCACUUGGAAUUUCUUUUCAGUAGCUUAGCAGCUGAUGGCAUUUAUGGGCUUGAUUUAUUCUCUUUCUCUCAGCUUUUACUGGACUAAGUGAGGCUUUUGGGUUGUACAGUUAUAAUUACUUGCUUUACUGUUAACCAGUGAAGGAGGACUGAUCCAUAUUCCAACUGGUAAACUCACUUUGGUUAUAGCUGUGUGAAUAGUCUUGUCAGUACAAAACUUAUCUGCCUCUAA